AUGUCAGGUGACUUCCUUAUUUUACAGCUUCAUUCACGUGAGGGAGGGGAGUUUGGGGAAAUUCAGAGGGGGGGGGGGGUAAAAAAAAAUUAUUUACCGGUAUGGUCGGUCCGUAUAGAGAAAUAUUUCCCUCGGUCUUAAAAACGUCCUUCGGCCUCUGGCCGUUUUCAAGACCUCGAGAAAUAUUUCUCUAUACGAACUUCCACAAACCAAAAGUAUUAGUAUAGGUAAUGGCAUGGUUUCGAGUGCAAUUUGGAUAUAACAUGCACGAGUGCAUGAGUUUUUCAAAGACCUCAAAAUAGCACACGAGUCUGAAGGAUGAGUGCUAUUUGAGGUCUUUGAAAAACUCACGAGUGCAUGUUUAUCCAAAUUUCACGAGAAACCAUGCUAUCACUUAUUAAUAAUUUACAUAAAAAUGUUCGAGAUCAUUGUAGUUUUAACUUAACACGUUUAUAGUGAACAUUCCACUGGCAAAGUUUUCCUGGCUUUGUUAUUCACAUUAUACAAGGGUAACAACGCUAACAGGCUACUUUGAAAAUUCCUCUGAACUAUGCACUAGUUUUGUUAGUCUUAUUUAAGGUAAAGGGCGCCGUGUUUGUUUUGUUUUGGAGCAAUCUGUGACCGUUAUUUCUUUAAACUAAACUGCUUUAAACUGAUUGGUUGAUUUUAUCAUCACAUUGCUUUUCCACCAAUCGGAUCAGUUUGUUACAGAUUUUUGCACUGUGAUUACAGAAAAUUGCACUGUGAUUACAGAAAAUUGCACUGUGAUUACAGAAAAUUGCACUGUUAUUACAGAAAAUUGCACUGUGAUUACAGAAAAUUGCACUGCUGUUUGGGAUUAACUGCACUGAAGUCAACCAAUCACAGUCGAUUAAUGUUUUUAUAUAUAUUAUUACUAUAGGUAAUGGUAUGGUUUCGAGUGCAAUUUGGAUAUAACAAUGCACACGUUAGUUUUUCAAAGACCUCAAAAUAGCACGAGUUCGAAGGACUCGUGAAAAACUCACGAAUGCAUGUUUAUCCAAAUUUCACGAGAAACCAUGCUAUUACUUAUUAAUAAUUUACAUAAAAAUGUUCGAGACAAUUUUAGGUAAAGGCUUUUCCAUUAACAAAAAAAAAGAUAAAAGCCAUAUUUUCCUACGUAGCGGGGCACCGUGUUUGUUUUGCUUUGAAGCAAUCUCUGACCGUUACUUAUUUAAACUAAACUGCUUUAAUCCGCACAUUGUCUUUCCACCAAUCAGAUCAGUUUGUUACAGAUUUUUGCACUAUGAUUACAGAAAAUUGCACUGCUGUUUGAGAUUAACUGCACUGAAAUCAACCAAUCACAGUUGAUUAAUAUUUUUAUGUAUAUUAUUAAACGUAUAAUAAUAUACAUGGAAAUAUUACUCGACUGUGAUUGGUUGUCCUUCGUUGUGAUUGGUUGUCCUUCGUUGUGAUUGGGAGUCCUUCGUACUCGUGCUAUUUCGAGGUCUUUGAAAAACGCACGUGUGCAUUGUUAUAUCCAAAUUACACUCGAAACCAUACUGUUUCCUAUACUUAACGCCAUGCAAACCUACAAAGAACUUAAAAAUUAAAUUUGAUUAAUAUUGAAGCGCAGAAGCUGAUAAAUGAAGUAUUGGGUUUCUUACGCCCCCAGGGGUGGAAAAAGUAUCGGAACCUGGGAACCUAGUUCCCAGAAACUUUUUUGAGUUCAGAGUUUUGCAGAACAUUUUCCAGAAAAUAUUUCAACAUUUUGAGAUAACUCUGUUUACUCAACUUACAAGUUACACUACUGUUCUACUUUAUUUACACUGUACAUGAGCUAACAUCUGCAUCCUUUUAAAUAGUUGACAGAAAUUAAUUCACCCCUGCCAUCACAAUGAGGUAAAAUGGUAAAUAUAUGCUCUGCAAAGUCUUCAAUAAAAUGAAAAUUAAAUAGUAAAUUAACAAAUAAAAGUAAUGGAAUAAGAUGAUAGGACACUUAGUUAAGCGUUAGAUCCUUACUAGUUGGUCAUAACUCAUAACUGUGGUAUAUAUAUAACAGACAACUAUAUUGUGAUGUAUGAGCAUACAAAAACCUGCCUAAAGCCUGUUAUCACUAAAGUCCAAAUAAUACAAUUAUGUAUGAAUUUGUUUUGUUAUUUUUGUAAUUGCAACAUUACAAAUUUUACAGGAAAUUUCUAGCCUUCGACCCAGGUUCACAGAAAGAAAAAAAAAUUCCACCACUGUGCGCCCGUAUUGUAAAAGCUCACUUACACUCAAUGAGUGGAUGUUCAAUCUGAGCUUCUCUCGAGUGUCAUUGCUGUUUUUGGAUAGUUGGAGGGUUAGUGUCGUACUAUGUGACUACUCACCUUCCAGCUAUUCAAAAACCGCUAUGACACUCAAGAAAAGCUCUGAUUGAACCCCCACUCAUUGAGUGAGUGAGCUUUUAGAAUACGGGCGUUAGACACUUUCCAAUUUGCUACUAAAGACGGCCACCUACCUAACCUAGUCUAUAUAUAGUCUAUAUAUAUAUAUAUAUAUAUAUAUCUAUAUCUCCGCUAGAAGGAGAAUGCCUAAGCAACAAUGUCAUUUACCCAGCCACUGUGAAAACCAACGAUGCAAAGGAAACAUACAUCGGCCUUACUGGGGAUCGGUUCAAAACACGAUUUAACAAUCACACGUGUUCAUUCCGUGACAACAACAAGAGAAACUCCACAGAGUUAAGCAAGCACAUUUGGUCCCUAAAAGACAAUAACAUUAGAUACGCUGUAGACUGGAAAAUAAUGGCCCGUGCAAAUCCGUAUUCAAAUAUUGGGAAAAAUGUAAUUUAUGUAUAAUGGAAAAAUAUUUCAUCAUUUGUAAACCGGAAACUUGUACUCUUAACAAAAGAAACGAACUGGCUAGUGCAUGCAGGCAUGCAAACAAAUUUUUAAUUAAAAACGGUUAGGCUUUAUGACACUAUGAACGAUCGGUAUAUAAAUGGGAUAUUUUAGUCUAAUCUGAUCAUGCACCUGAAGAGAGAGGAUCUAGAAAGGGCCUCUCGAAACAGAACUGUAGUGCUUUUCAAUUUUUAAUGAACAUUCUUAGGUUUUAAUCUUUCAUUUUAAUUUUAACUUAGCUCCACUUUGGUGUAGAGCACUAUAUGGCAGAAGGAGAAAACCAAUUUGUAUAUAUAUAUUGCUAUAUGUAUAUAUAUAUAUAUAUAUAUAUAUAUAUAUAUAUAUAUAUAUAUAUAUAUAUAUAUAUAUAUAUAUAUAUAUAUAUAUAUAUAUAUAUAUAUAGUUUACUAACAUAUAUUUUAAUUGAACUAAUUUUAGGUACGCAGUUGUGUUUUGGACAGCCUGUUAAUUCUGAUCUACUAAAGUUGGUUACAGAAGAGGUAGCUGAACUCCGUACAUCUGUCGAGAAAUGGAUAUUUCAAAGUGAUGCAGAGGUUUGAGGGACUUUCUUUUUUGGCUAGCAAUUGUUAGAUAAGUAGUAAGACAUGAUAUGAAAAAACUGUGCUGAACGAUCAAUGAAGGAACACUAAAAAUUAAAUCAUUCUAAAUUUUACAUAUACACAAUUUAUUAACACAGGAACUGUUCUUCUCAAGCUUCAAGAAUGCAAAAUUUUUGUCGGCGGUUGUCGGCGGCAGUCCCCUGACCACCUUACGUAAACCCCUCCCCGAACAAUAAGUUGCUUCUGAUGGCACUGCAUACGGUUCACAGCUGUUAUGGCGACUAUAAUAGCAGAGCGCUGGGACCAUACCUGCAUAAAACCUGAGCUUUUAGAGAAUUUUUGAAAUAGGAAAAUCCUUAAAAUAUUCUGCGAAAACUGUUCACGGUAUGUUUAGAGCUCGUCAAUAGAGAAGUUCAGUCAAUAGGUUAUUUGUUAUACAGCUAAAAACAAUAUAAUAAGGGCAUUAAUUUCAGUUCAUUGUUUGAUUAAGUUAUGUAGAACGGCUAUUAUUACACACUAAGCCAGAUUUAAAAAUUUCUGUAAAGGUAAAACAAUAAGAACCUAUUUUUAUGUUCGGUAUUUAAUAUCAUGAUAAUAUUCUAAAACAGAGCAGUUUUCAGUGCAUGUUUAUUUUAAUUUGGCAAAAAGCCGUUCGGUGGUUGCAAGCCAGUUUCACUCUAUAACAUUCUAAAUGUUUUAAAUAUGGUCUUAAGACACGUAAUAAUUUGAAAACAACGUUCUUAGAUGAACCGAAGUAAAAUAUAUGUUAUUUUAUAUAAAAAAACGUACUGGGGCAUGUCAAAUGUUUUUAGACUUUUGACUCGGAAAAGAGUUCUUUUUCUCGCUUGCGGUCAGUGACGUAACUUUGUGCUUAAGGGCCCGCAGCGUGAUUAAAAAAAGAGACGGCUCAUAAUCUUACACAUUGAAAGUGUCGAUAUGGUGGGUAGGGGCGUCAGGGAUGUAUCAAAUGUGCUUAAAUGCCUCAACUUUGGCUCUUUGUCAUCCUUGUUCUCGACUGUUGCUCCUAAUAUAUGUUGCAUUACUUGUACUAUGUAGAAGAAUACAGUGAGGGAGAGACUUAAUGAAAUGCUCUGCAGAAUUGGAGAGGUUGAAAAGCUUGCAGCCGAUAACUCGAAGGGAGUUAAACGUCAUUCGAAGGAACUUGAACAUCACUCGAACCAACUUGAAUCUCACUCAAACCAACUUAAAGAUGUUACCAAAAAGCUCAAAAAGGAAGAUGAUGUUAAGCAAAAAGAGAAUUAUUCACAAUUUGCAGAGAAAAAAGGUAUUUAUUUGUUCGCACUAAAACAUGAUAAAUUUAUAAUUCAUUUCACUACAGCACAUAUCUUGGAUAGCAUGAAUAACUAUAAGAGUAUAUGAAUCGGUCAGGCAACCAUUGAGGCAGUUGGUCAAUUAGGCAGUCCUUCAAUCAUUUGUCUCAUUUGUGUCAAUCACGUGCCUCAUCAAAAAUUUAGCGCCUGAGGGUGUGUGGUGAAAGUAUCAAAUUACAUCAACAUGCUUCCAGUGGGAUACUCGUUGAAAACAUAAAUUUUGCGAAUUAUUAAGUUCAAAAUACUUGCUAAUUUUUGUUUAUUUUCUUUGCUUUGAAUUUACAAGAACAUUCUUACAUUCUUACUUACAGUCAAGUCCAAUCUCGUACCCAGAGCAAUGCCUGUGCGCGGGCUAGGAUGGCAUUGGCUCUGGGGAAAUUGACAACCGGAACCCCUAAAUUUAGGGGUUCCGGUUCUUUGUCGGCAUGCACGAUUGAUAAACGUUAAACCAAUCACAGCACCGGAAAAAUUCAAUUUCCCCAGAGCCAAUGCCAUCCUAGCCCGCGCACAGGCAUUGCUCUGGGUACGAGAUUGAGUCAAGUCAAGAAACCAAGCAAAUCGUUAUUCGCAGUGCUCGCUCGUGUUAUUCAAUGCAUGCUCUCUUCACACUCGAAUGCGGUUAUAGCAAACGUUUAUUGUAAUGUUUUUAAAAUAGGCCAUUACAUUUGUCCUUUCUUGUAAACGUUGAUACGCUUUGCACCGAUUCACUUGUUACUACGCGUCUUGUUUUUAAGAUUUUUAAAAGAAACAGUAUUGUCUAGAACUGGCCCAAAUAUUAGCAAAUGUAAACAUUUGAUAAUAGCCGAACAGAGAAAUGUCCAUAAGCAUAGAGGAAAUUUCAGUCAUUGAUUUAUCUGGAUUUAGUACAUAAUUCGUAUUCGGUAAUUAUAGUAAGACUUUUAAUCAUUAUAUUGUGUUAAUAUACUAUAAUCUAUAUCACAAAUUUACAGUGUCAGAUGCGCGCACAGACCGUCAUUUGGCGUCAUACGAAUACACAUAAAUUUUCGAGUUUCUACUUCUACUAACAUUUUUAAAGUUUUCAUUGUACAUCACCUGUUUAUCUCUAAUUCAUUAAUCAUUUGCUACUUAUAUUUAUUUGAUAAUGUCAUACAGUGAAUAAUACGUUUACACACAAGCAAUCCUGGAUAUGAUAUAGAGGAUGCAAGCUGUCCAUUAAAAAAUAACGGUAUUCUAUUUCACAAAGCAAAAAUUUAAAUCUCACUUGUAUUAUUAAGAGUGGCAAGGCAAAAAAAUUAAAGCUUAUUCAUGUCAAAACGAAAGCUGGUUACAACAUUUAUAAAGGUGGUGAACACUACUAAACAGUGCUCAUUGAAAGACAUGCAUAAUAUAAUUUGUCGUUUGACUUAUCUUUGGUGUAUGAUUUUAAUACCGUAGAUUUUCAACAGACAGCUAUGUACUUUGACAUAUACCAUGAUCGUUGGUUUCAGCAAUGCCAAGGGCCAAUUUUAUAGUCUUUUGACGGGCUUUAAGUUUUUUUUUAUAAGGCCUUUAGAUCAACAAUCUGGAUACAGUUGGCGAUAUUUCGGAAAUCAAAAGAUCUCGCUAUUUCGUUGCAAUUCCACAUCUCAUCAAUAAAUAAAUUCUUUUGGUCCGAGUAUCAGGAUAAACUUUAAUACUAAAUAAAUAACAACCACACUGUUCGGUCCAGAGAUAUAUAUUUUCUUGUAGGUUUAAUAUUGCCACACUGCACAAGCGGCAAGCCGCCGCAAGCGUGCUUUCUUUGGCAAGUCUAUAAUGAAAUCUGAUCCAACUUGCUUGAAUUGUAACUCGACACCAGAUUUAGAGUAGAACGUCACGAUAUAAAUGUUAAUUUAAGAGUUCUCUUUACGAUUUCUUGUUGCAAAUUUACAGUAAAUUUCAUCACCCAAAGUUGCAAUUUUAAAACGCUACAAACACGCUCCUUUCCCACCCCUCUCUCAGUUACAAUUAAAUUUACCUCCCAGAAUCUGGGAGGCACGUGACCAGCCGCAGCCAGGGUCUCUCCCAGAUGACAGAAGGAGAGACCCUGGGAACGAGGUUGGUGGCGGAUUCGUAAAAUACGACAAAUACCGAGUUUUUCCGACGAGCAUUUUCAUGCCGGGUUUUCGUCAAGGAAACGCAAAGAAAUAUUGAUUAAUGAUUAUUCGCCGAAAAUUUACGUAAUUGAGCGCUUUAGAAAAAUAAAUCGAGGUAGGUAAAGCUUUACUGUUUUUAGCUUAUCUUAUAUUCAGUUAUUUGUUGUUACUGUGGAGCCGUUUUGCUCGCACUGAUUUAUAUUUAUCAAUUAUCAGGCGUUUAUAUUUAUAUAUCGUGAAAGCCUCAAAGCCGCGAACGCUAUCAAAAUACUCGAUUUUUAUAUACUCAAACUGAAACAGGCCAUUCUGCUCGCACUGAUCAUAUUGUGUGCAAAGCUUCAAAACUACAGCACAUUUUAUAAAUAACAUGAUAUAUAAAUAUCAAACAAAAUUUGAAUUAUAAAUAGUAUUUAUACAUACUAUUGAAAUUUAAUACAACGAAAUAGCAACCAUUGUGAAGUACGCAUAAGAUUCAACAUGACAUUCAACAUGACAUUCAGCAUGACAUUCGAUAUACUAUGGUGUAAAUUAACUUAUUAAAUUAAUAUGUUAUUAUUACCGUCGCUUAAUAACAUAUUAAUUUAAUAAGUUAAUAAGUCCAACUAAGUUAAUAACAUCACAAGUAAUACCGAUUGCCAUUAGUGAUCAUUACAUGAUCUUCGUUGUUCGUAAAAUAAAUAUCCAGCGCAAACAGAACAGUCACAAGAAAGUUGAAAUUCGUAAUUUAAAAUAUUUCAAUGCUGAGAGUUUUCAAGCUGAUCUGCGUGGUCAGGAAUGGGAAUUAUUAGAUAACAAUCUCUGCGUUGAUAAGAUGUGGGACACAUGGAAAACACUUUUCGUACAAGUUCUUGAUAGGCAUGCCCCAAUCAGGGAAAAGAGAGUUAAAAGUAAACCAAAUGUUCCUUGGCUCACUAGUACAAUUAAAAAACAAAUCCACGAACGCGAUCGCCUUAAAUCUCUUGCUAUUAGACAUAAAUCCGAAAAUUACUGGAACGCAUACAAAACCUCUAGAAAUCGCGUAACUGAUGCAUUGCGAGAAACAAAAGCAGCAUAUUAUAAAGGAGAAUUUAAGAAAGUCAAACAUGAUCCCAAACAAGCAUGGGAAACUGUGAAUAAAAUCCUAAACCGUAAACAAGGAAGUAGAGAAAUAAAUUGUCUUGAAACACAGAGAGGACAAAUUUCACAACCAACGGAGUUAGCGGAAUGUUUUAAUAAUUAUUUCACCAAUAUUGGUCCAGAUAUUGCCAAAAAUAUCGACAAUGGUGACAGAAAUUUCAAGGAUUACAUCACGACAACAACUAGUAGCUUUAAUUUUCAAACAGUGUCUGAGUCGAACGUAUACAGACUUCUGUUAUCUCUAAAUCCUCGUAAAUCUACUGGAAUUGACAAAAUCCCUGCUAAAAUUAUUCGCAUUGCUGCUCCUGUAAUUACAAACUCAUUGACAAAAAUUUUCAAUCUGGCCAUUAUAAGUUCAACUGUUCCUUUUGAGUGGAAAAUAGCAAGAGUCACUCCCAUAUUUAAAAACGGCCCACGAAACUUAUUAAACAACUAUCGCCCCAUUUCUAUCCUCCCUGUAGUAAGUAAACUUUUUGAAAAAGUAUUAUACGAACAACUCCAUGAGUAUCUUGUUACACAGGAGUUGUUGUCCCCUCGUCAAUUUGGUUUCAGGAAGUUUCAUUCUACAGCCUCUGCUCUUUUAGAUAGUACAAAUGAAUGGUUCAUUAAUAUGGACCGUGGUUUGUUUAAUAUAGCUGUUUUUCUGGACUUACAAAAGGCGUUCGACACCAUAAAUCACGACAUCCUCUUAACGAAACUUGAUCUUUAUGGCCUACAGAAGCCAUCAUUAAACCUUUUAGGAUCCUAUUUAGCGAAUAGAACCCAAAUGUGCUCCGUUAAUGGCGCUCUGUCGGGCACGAAGUUGGUUACAUGUGGAAUCCCUCAAGGUUCAAUUCUUGGCCCACUCUUAUUCUUGAUCUACAUUAAUGAUCUGCCUAACAGUUUGGAGUACUCGUCGACAAGAAUGUUUGCCGACGAUACGACUCUAACUGUAUCUGGCAAGUCAAUCCAAGAUGUAGAGGUGGCCAUAAAUCAUGACCUUACCAACGUUAAACAAUGGCUCACUGCAAAUAGAUUAUCUCUUAAUCUAGUCAAAACUGAGUAUCUAUUAAUAGGAUCUCGGUACAACAUAAAUAAUUUACUUGCUGCACCAAAUGUAUUUGUUGGUGAUACACCAAUUAAAAAG